AUGGGUUGUCGAAUCUGCCGAGAUGAGAAACCCAUUGAUAUUAUUAAACCUUACGAUAAAGAACCACGAUCAGCUCACAUAAUUCCAGAACCUGAUUAUAAGGCUCCAUCAGACCACAGUCAUAGCAAGCCAGAACCUCAAAUUCAUCAGCCUACAAAAGAUACACCAGAUGAUAAUACCAAGGAGAAGCUUCCCUCAAGUGCUGAAAAAUUUAUUGACAUUGUCCCGGCUGAUCUAGAUGCAUUCAAUCAAAUUUUCAUCCAACAACGGCAGGAAGCAGUGAAUAGAACUUCAUAUCGAUCUGCAAUAGAACGAUGGAAUCCAACUUCGCUCUCUCACCUUAUAGAUAUUCUAAAAACAUUCUCCGAAGGAAAAUCUAUCAUCGAUCGGCACUGGUUCAUCUUCUACUGGAUUGCAUCCAACAUUCAGUAUGAUACCGUCUCCUAUUUCACCAAGAACUAUCAGGAUCAAACGCCCGAAGGAGUCUUUAGAACAAGAAAAGGUGUCUGCGCAGGCUAUGCCAAUAUGUACAAAUAUCUGUGCGAUCACCUAAAAAUGCCAUGUGAGGUGGUGAGUGGAUAUUCGAAGGGAUAUGGAUUCGAUGAUCAGGAAGGUGCACCGAGUGAGGUUAACCAUGCAUGGAAUGUAGUCGAAAUCUACAAUCAUUGGUACUUGGUGGAGUCGACGUGGGGUGCAGGUUACCUGAACGACAAGAAAGAGUUCGUGCAGAGACUUGAAGCUUACUAUUUCCUUGCUCGUCCGAAUGAGAUGAUUUACCAUCAUCUUCCUAGAAAAGAAGAAGAAAGGUGGCAACUGUUGGAAAAGCCGAUUAGUAUGGCGCAGUAUUUGUCAAUGCCAAAACUGCGCCCGUUGUAUUUUCAGCUUAAUAUGGAAUUGAUUAGUCCAUGUAAUUUAGCUCAUGUUGAUCUUCUAGCAGAAAGAUCUUAUGCCGUCGUUCUUAUAAAGACUCCAGCCGAUGUACAUCUUCUCGCACAUUUAGAAAUGAAUGGUAAAAAGGUUGAAGGUGGCUAUCAGAUCAUUUUUGACAGACUAAAACAAAUGCAUCGCUGCUAUUUUGCGCCAGCGAACGUAGGUAAACAUAAAAUAGUGGUGCUUGGAAAAAGAGGCGAUGACAAGAAUGAAUCGUAUCAUUCAGCCAUGGAUCUAAUAUUAGAUGUGAAACAAAUGCCUGCAAAGUGCGUAAGUUUUCCGAAAAUCUGGGAAACAUUUACUGAUUUAGGGUUGGAAAUUAUGUCACCUCAGGAUACGCACUUGAUCAAACUUGUGAACGGUGUUGCCUUUGCCCAGAUUUUGAUAAAAGCACCUGAAAAUGUCGAACUAUUAGGAAAAUUGACUGACGAAACCGGUAAAGUGUUAAACAGUGGAGCGCAAGUGUACUUCAGCCGAGAAGAAAAGAUUUGGAAAUGUAAUUUCGCGCCGGAUCAGAAUGGACUGUUCGAAGCAGCCAUUAUGGCAAAGGAAAAAAAUGACACUGGAAGUUAUUGGUCUGCGGUUUCAUUCAAAAUCGACGCAAAACAAAUUCCUUCGCCGAAUAUGUCAUAUCCACGAACAUGGAAACUUUUUCAUAACCUUGGAAUGAAGCUUGUAUCACCGAUGGGAACACAUUUAAUCAAUAUGAACAGCGGCGAAAAAUUUACUCAAAUAGUAAUACGUACACCAUCUGAUGUUAAGUUAAUGGGCGAACUUGUUGAUUCUGAUGGUCAGUCAGUGACGUGUGGCAAUCGAGUUUAUUACGAUCGACAAAAGGAUUAUUGGAGGUGCAGAUUCGCUCCAAAUAAGAGUGGCAUAUUCAGUGCGUCGAUCUUUGCAAAGAAAACAAGCGAUCCUGGCAAUUUUCAAUCGGCUAUAUUAUUUAAAAUCUGUGCAAAUCAAAUUCCAUUACCACCGUUCUCGUUUCCAAAGACUUGGCAACUAUACUACGAUUUUAACCUGAAGAUUCUUUCUCCCGUCAGUCGAGGUAUUAUUGUCGUCACUGAUGAUAAACCAACUGUUGAAGUUCGGUUGCAAGGUCCUGCCGACGUUGCUCUCGUUGGUCGACUUGAAAAUGAUAGGAAAGAAGUAAUUUUACGUGGUCAUACAAUUCACUAUGAUAGCGAAAGUGAUGUUUGGUGCUGUACAUUUGUACCGAACCGAAGUGGCACGUUUCAAGGAUUUAUUUGUGCAAAGAAAAAGUCUGAUUCUGGCAACUUUUUUGCUGCAGCGUCGUAUAUAAUUGAUGCACGACAAUUGUCUUCUGCUGGUAAUCCUCUCGACACAAAACAAAUCUUCUAUGAUUUCAAGCUUGAAGUGAUCUAUCCAGAAGGUGGUAGUAAAAUUGUUCUACCUGACAAUAGAUCGUUCGUGGAAGUACGUUUGAAGACGCCAUCCGAUGUCGUCCUGAUGGGUUCGUUGACAAACGACCAAAACCAGAAGAUCUCGGGCGGUCAUGAGGUUUAUUAUGAUCGACGACACGAUAUCUGGUGUUGCCGAUUCGCACCCAAUAAAAAUGGUCUCUUCCAUGCUACUAUAUUAGCAAAGAAAACAUCUGAUGAUAGCCUGUUCUACGAAGCCUUGGCGUAUCACAUCGAAGCUAAUCAUAUUGCUGCGCCUGCACUGUCAUUUCCACAAACAUGGCAAGUAUUUUAUGACUUCGAUUUAAAAAUCAAGUCACCACGCUCUCGCGCCACGGCAAUAUGGUGUGACGAUAGUCCCUAUAGUGAAGUACUGAUACGAGCUCCAGACGAUGUUCGAAUGUCCUGCUCGAUUCAGUACAAACAUCAAAAGGUAGAAAACGGUGCAUUAGUGCAAUAUGAUUAUGAAAGAAAUGUUUGGCAACUUCUAUUUGCACCUGAGCGUACCGGUGAGCAUGAGUUAAUGAUCUAUGCACGGAAUAUCAACAGUGACGAUAAGAAGUCGAAGUCAGUUGCUAUGUUUCCCCUUCAUGUAACUCAUCUUCAGCAACGGAUAAAAUUUCCGACGAUUUAUCCCGAAUUUCUGACGUAUAAAUGCCGUAUUUAUUCACCAUUGAACGGUCAAUUGACAAGAGGGUCGGUAGUGGAUUUUCAUUGUUAUUUACCUGAAGCAGUACUAGCUACAAUGACGAAUAAUUCUCGUAUGCUUCGAGAGGAAAAUGUUGUUAAUUGCAACUUUCAACGAACGUUAACUGUUGGUUCGGAUGAAGUGACAAUCUGUGCGAAAUACGGUCGAAAUCCUCACUAUACUGUUUUAAUAAAAUAUAUUGUCGAAUAA